AUGUCCGCUACUAAGGAUAAGUCCAAGGUCCACAAGCUGUCCUUGAAAGGAUCGGCGAAGCUGGUGGCCGAAUUCUUUGAAUACUCCAUCAACUCGAUUCUCUUCCAGAGAGGAGUCUACCCUCCCGAGGAUUUCACGACUGUCAAGAAAUAUGGUCUCAACAUGCUGGUUACCGCCGACGACCAGGUCAAAGCCUACAUCAAGAAGAUAAUGUCGCAAUUGAACAAAUGGAUGACGGGUGGCAAGAUCUCAAAGCUUGUCAUUGUCAUCACAGACAAGGAAACCGGUGAACAUGUGGAAAGAUGGCAGUUUGAUGUGCAAAUCUUCGGAAAGCAUUCCAAGAGCCAAUCAUCCCGCACUACUGGCGACAAGGAGAACGCAGCCCCUGGUGAUAAGGAUCCCCAAGCCGCUGCCACCGUUGAGAAAACCGAGAAGGAGAUCCAAGACGAGAUCCAGGCUAUCUUCCGCCAGAUCACUGCAUCAGUCACAUUCCUGCCCGUCCUGGAUGGCGACUGCACAUUCAACGUCCUGGUAUACGCCGAUGCCGACUCCGAGGUCCCCGUGGAAUGGGGCGACAGCGACGCCAAAGAAAUCAAGAACGCAGAGAAGGUGCAGCUCCGAAGCUUCAGCACCAACAACCACCGCGUAGAGACACUAGUCAGCUAUCGUCUUGCUGACUAG